ACAAAAAUCUAAGUGAAGCGACACGCGCCGUCCAUGGAGGCGGUGGUCGAUGGUACCUCCACAAUUCACCGGAUCUCUUUAUCACUUCGUUAUUAUCUAAAACCGAUCAAUGAAAUACAAAUUACAAUAAAAUAAUUAUUCUGUAACGACUGUAACCAACUUUGUUGUUGACGACUUGUUUACUUAAUUUGUAUUUACUAUUUACUUCGGUUGUGUUUCGAACCACUGCAAGCAAUGCGUCUCGUCAUAAAGCGACCAGAACACAGGCGGACAGAAGACAACGACGCUAAUGCUGUUGGGACCGAUCAACAGGCAGUACACCUGUUGCCAUGCAAGAUUCACACACGCAAACCAGGUGGCGAUCGCCAGACGUCGACGGCUCCAGUCGACCGAUACUUUUGUCCAUACACCAAAGCAGUAACAGAUGAUGAAUCCGCAUUGUGGCACUCGUCGUUGCGUGGCAAGCCGUUGACGGGUGUCAAGCUCAGCAUGCCCGAUGGCUACGUUGGUGUACUGUGCGUUGGCAAGGAUGACGACGGCAGUGGUAAUGAAAUUGAUGGUUCUACAUCGGCAGUGGAAUCGAUUGCUGGUGAAGUAACUCAACAGCUGAUGUACUGGAAUUGGGACCGCAUUCCAACACGUGAAGACCCGCUGCUAUCAGCAUUUGACUGGAUGCGGGUGUCUGAAGCCAUAAUGACCAACAACGACUGACACUACUAUUAUUAUUUUUUCGGUAAUAAUGAUUGUGUUUCUUUAUUCAAUUAAUUUUUCAUUAUAAAGAUGUAUUCCAUUAAAAUUUUUAAACACUAUUACUUAAUUAAUACUUAAUUUUGUAAAAUAAAGUUUAAUUUUUAUAACUAGC